AUGAGUCACCCUCUUAUUCUUCUGGAGUUACUUGAAAAUAUAUUCAGUUUCUUGGCUAAGGAUAAAGCACUCUAUCCAGCAUUAUUUGUCAAUAGACUUUGGUAUCACUGCAGUGCCCCGAUUCUAUGGAGACACAUUGAGUUUUCUAUAGAAGGUUAUCAGCAGAAUCGGUAUAGUAAAGAUAC